AUGAGGUCGUUUCUCUGCAUCUCCCUUGGCUGGCUCGCCGCUUUGUACGUGAGCACAGCACAUGGUGCCUGGAUGGAGAGCGCAGUGGUGCCGGUGCGACUCUACCCGGCCCAGGCAAAGGACGAGACCGUACAGCCGCGGACUCAUAGCAACGAGGAAAGAGAAAAGGUCGGGGAGAGACGGAUCUACCAACUGGACGCCUUUGGCAAGCGGAUAGUUUUAGACCUGGAGACGGAUCAGACCUUCCUGGCUACAGGGUUCGUCUUCCAGAUGAUCGGGCAACCUGAGAGCCCGGAUCCGGAGACUCAGCGAGUAUCGGACAGCAGGGCUAUGGCUGGGUGCUUUUUCUCCGGCCAGGUGAAUGGAGAAACUGACUCGGCAGCGGCGCUCAAUGUGUGCCACGGACUAAAGGGCGGCUUUUACGCUGACGGCGAGGAGUGCUUCAUCCAGCCAGACAGCGACACUGACUCCGGCGUCUCCGACUCCAGCCUUCACAUCCUACGCUGCAAAAGUCGGAAGCCGCAUGCCGAAGACGGCGGCUCCAAGUGCGGGGUGAACGAGGAAGAAGAGAGGCAGCCGCUUAGGAAGGAGAAGGGUGUGAUCGCGGACCCCGCAGCCCCCGACCACAAAGCCCACCACCGGUCCCGUCGCUUCGUCUCCACCCCGCGUUACGUGGAAUUGCUGCUGGUAGCAGACAAGUUGAUGGCGGACUUCCACGGUGCGAGGCUUAAGCCGUACCUGCUGACCAUCAUGGCGGUGGCGGCACGCCUUUACCGUCACCCCAGCAUCCACAACUCUAUCACGCUGGCUGUGGUCAAGGUGCUGGUGGUGAACGAUGAGCAGCACGGCCCCAACGUGUCCAGAAACGCCGCGCUCACGCUGCGCGACUUCUGCAAGUGGCAGCGGCAACACAACCCGCCCAGUGACCGGCACCCGGAGCACUACGAUACCGCCGUACUCUUCACCAAACAGGAUCUUUGUGGCCCCCACUCUUGUGAAACCCUGGGCAUGGCGGAUGUCGGCACUGCAUGCGACCCAGAGAGAAGCUGCUCCAUCGUAGAGGAUGAUGGCUUGCAAACGGCCUUCUUUGUGGCCCAUGAGCUGGGUCAUGUGUUAAACAUGCUCCACGACGACGCCAAGCAGUGCACUAGCAUUAAUGACCCCACCUUGCCCCCCCUCAUGAUGUCGUCCACCCUGUACAACCUGAACCACCAGCAGCCCUGGUCACCGUGCAGUGCGUUAAGGAUCACCUCCUUCCUGGACAACGGCCACGGCGACUGUCUGCUGGACAAGCCACAGAAGGCUGAGCUGCUGCCCAAGGCCUUGCCGGGCUCCAUCUACGACGUGGACCAGCAGUGCCGGCUGAUGUUUGGGGAGGAGUCCCAACACUGCCCAGAUGCAAACACGACCUGCGCAGCUCUGUGGUGUACUGUCAACAACGCGGGGGGGCUCCUGGUCUGCCAGACUAAGAGCUUCCCCUGGGCCGACGGCACCCCAUGUGGGAAGGACAGGUGGUGCUUGGCUGGUGAAUGCCUGCACAAGAGCAAGGCUACAGAGUUCCAGACUCCCGUGAACGGUGGCUGGGGCAUUUGGGGCCCCUGGGGGGACUGUUCACGGACCUGUGGGGGAGGAGUGCAGUACUCCUUCCGGGACUGUGACAACCCAACUCCCAAGAAUGGGGGCAAGUACUGCGAGGGCAAGAGGAUCCAAUACCGUUCCUGCAACACGGAGCCCUGCCCCGACACCAACGGCCUGUCGUUCCGUGAGGAGCAGUGCCUGGCCCACAACGACAUCUCCUCCAGCAUGUCAUUCGGGACUAGCGGUGGAGUAGAAUGGGUCCCCAAGUACGCUGGGGUCUCUCCCAAGGACCGCUGCAAGCUGAUUUGUCGGGCCAAGGGUACCGGCUAUUUCUUCAUCCUGAAGCCUAAGGUGGCAGACGGAACUCCCUGCAGCCCAGACUCCACAUCAGUGUGUGUGCAAGGCCAGUGCGUGAAAGCCGGCUGCGACUUGGUCAUCGGCUCGAACCGUCGGUUCGACAAGUGCGGCGUCUGUGGCGGGGAUGGCUCUACCUGUAAGAAGGUGUCAAGAUCGCUCAAGUUCGCCAGUCCUGGCUAUCAGGAUGUGGUGGUCAUCCCUGCCGGAGCUACACAUGUAGACAUCAAGCAGCACGGUCACCACCAGGAUUCCAGCUACCUGGCCCUGCGCCGUCAGGACGGCACCUACCUGCUCAACGGGGAUUAUAAGCUGACCACACUGGAGACCGACAUCUUCCUGCGAGGGGCGCUGCUGCGUUACAGCGGCGCCUCCGCCACCCUGGAGCGCAUCCGCAGCUUCGGCCCGCUGCCGGAGCCCCUCACUGUCGUGGUGCUGUCCGUGGGCGAUUCGCCCCGUCCCCGGAUCAAGUUGACCUUCUUCGCCCCCCGGCCAGUAGGCAGGAGGCCAUCGAUUAAUGCCAUCCAGGAGACAGGAAGUGCUGAGUGGGUGAUGCGCGACUGGGGCCAGUGCUCCCUGACGUGCGGCGGGGGUCUUCAGCAGCGCAACGUGGAUUGCCUGGACUCCCGUGGCCGCCCCUCGUCUGAGUGCCCAGUGGAGCUGCGCCCACCCAUAUCUCGCCCCUGCCCCCCCCACCCCUGCCCCAUCUGGCAGCUGGGGAUGUGGUCUCCGUGCUCCAAGACCUGUGGGCAGAGUUUCCGUAAACGUACACUGCACUGCAUGUCACACAGUGGACGGCUUCUCGGCUACGAGAGCUGUGACCCCAAAGCCCGUCCCAGACCCCUGCUGGAAAUGUGUAGGCAAAGACCCUGCUAGACUUAACUGAGCAAAAAGAAAAACGAAUUUCCAGAAAGAUAACGAAAAAGAUGACGCCUGUCCUUUACCCUCGACCGUGAACGUUCAGUCUAAGCCUACAGGAAGAUUACACCCUCGAGGAAAAUGUUUACAUUUUAAACAGUGUUUAAGUUACCAUCAGUCUGUCCACGAGAGACAACCACACCGCUGAAACGACUGUGGCCAUUGGUGUUAAGGCGCGAAAGUAGCCUUAGUGCCCGGCGGUGAUUGUGGUGGGAGUGGACCCUUCUAUUGGAAGAACCUAAAGGAGAGAGAGAGACACAUUGCUGCUCAAGCAUGCUGCUUUAGAUAUUGACAUUUACAUGUGUGUGUUUGUCUACUCUGUUCAAGCUGGACUGGACAGAAUUAGUUUUAGCAUUUUGUUAAAAGUUUUGUAGGUUGAGGUUUUCCGGAAGAACUUACGCCCUGGAGGAGAUGAAGCUAUCUGGGCCCACAAUCGUGUCACACCCUCCCUUGCCUGGUGCUUUACCUCCUUUCUGCAGUCAGGUCUCACCCAGAGGAUCCAGCCACCCUAUAUUUCCGCUCACCCCAAACACACAGCUAUCCAGACUGUCUUUGUAUUUGUUACUAGGAAACAGCGCUACAUAUUUUCAAUGCAUUAGUACUUUUUAAUUCCGUCUGAAUCCACUUAGUCACUGCAUUCAGGGGUUACAGGGAGGGAAGCUGAGUUUUUGCUUGUGUGUGCAUGUGAAGUUACUUGUUUUCGCUCGAGUGGUUGCUCUGUUCGUCUGUAAUGUUUGUCUGGACAGUCGUCUGUUUUUGUUGUUCUUGCCGUAUUGCUCAGCUAAUCUACAUCUCCAGUCCCACAACUGCAAACCUAUGGGACACACUUGUCCUGAUCACUAACUCGACUGUAACAAACAAAGCCAAUGUGUGUGUGGUGAGUGUACUUGUGCUUGAUAUGUGUGGAUAAGGUCUAUCAAGUAACUUUUUCUCUUAAUACUUCAUAAGUAAAUCUCUCCUACCUUCUGAGAAGGAUUUUUUUUAUAGAAUAUCUAAACGCUAUUUAUUUUUGUACAGUCUGGAAAAUAUAAUCAUAAUUUUUUGGCUAUUUGAUAAUUAUUGUUACUUUCAUUAAAAUAACAGAAGAACGUAGAAUGUAUAGAGUAUUUAUACAAUAUUAUAUAAAUAUAUAUAUAUAUAUGAUUCUAGGUUUAUGAAUAAACUAUCACAA